GUGGUAGUAUUAGAGAUGGGGGCACACGUGUGAGACGGUAUGUGAAGAAAACCUCGAUCGUCGUCUACAUUCAAACCCUAUUUCGCUCACCAUUCGUAACUUGUACCCAUCACUUUGCCCCCAAUUCCAUUAUUCCUAUUCCCAACCCUAACCCUAAACCCGAAGGAACCUUCUCAUGAAAUUCUCGACGCAAAACUCCACCACUGUCUCAGAACCUGGUUCGAUUCCAUAACCCUCGAAGAAAGAACCUUCUUCGUCUUCUCUUUCGAGUUUUCUAUGGAGGGCUCUUCAGAGGAUAUUGGAGCCCCUGAUUCAUGGGAGGUCGCUGAUUUGGACGAGUCCAUGAACCGCUUGAACCUUUUGAUAUCUUCCAACAAAGAUUCAAAGACUCACGACCAUGCCGACGGUGGGGCUGCACCGCAUCUUCCUCCUUCGUCUUCUUCUUCCACCAGUGGCGAUAAGGUUUCCGAUGAUGCCGUCAAUCAAGUUGAUCAGUUCCUUCGUGAAGCGAUUCAAAACCCUCGUGAACGCCUUUCAGUUUUACGGAUGGAGCAAGAUGUUCUGAAUUUUAUUCAAGAUCCUAAUCAACAGCAGCUUGAAUUUAACCAGCUUCCGACAUCCUAUUUAAGAUUGGCUGCACACCGGGUGGCUCAGCAUUAUUCAUUGCAGUCAAUGGUUUUACUGGAUAAUAGUUUGCCGGAUGGUUCUGGAUCAAGAAUUAUUGUUCGCAAAACUGCUGAGUGUAAGCUUCCUGUUAUUAGACUUGCAGACAUCCCUGUAAAGUUACCAUCAGAAAACAAUGCUGUAGUGAAGGUUGCAAUCAAACCGAGGCCACAAAAGCAGACACAGUCUCUUAGCAAUGCAAAUUCAAACUCGGCAAAGAAAAACAACUCUAAAAGUGUGGAAGAGAGAAAAGAGGAGUAUAAUAGGGCUCGUGCUAGGAUCUUUAACUCGAGCAAUAAUGGCAGUACAGUGGGUGUGAAGCCAGAAUGUGAGACAAGGCAGCAGGAUAACUCAUUCCAUGGUUCCUCUGGGUUUACACGCGGGGAAGAUAAAACUGCUUCUUUAUCUGAUGUUAGUUCAAGUAGGGGCCUGGUUGGUUCUUCAACUAAUAUCAGCAGGGGGGUGGUUGAGUCUUCAACAUAUACCAGUAGAGGACUUGUUGAAUCUUCAACUAAUACCAGUAGGGGACUGGUUGAAUCUUCAGCUAAUACCAGUAGGUCUAGAAGUAGGACAGAGAGGGAGUCAGUUGGUAGGUAUAGGCAAAGUAAUAGGGUGGCCAUAUUCCGGGACCGUGAGAUUGACCGCAAGGAUCCUGAUUAUGACAGAAGCUAUGAUAGAUAUAUGCAAAGAUUUGAUCCUGGCUUUGGGUUCAAUGGGGGAUCCUACCCAAUGCAGCCAAUGUAUACACCGGUAUUAAAUUACAACACUUAUUUUCCACAGCUUGGAUCCCCUCAUGGCCCCCAGCGACAUGCUGAACACCAACCACGGCCUCUCCCACAGCAUAUAUCAGGAACUUGGGUUGCACAAUCAACGCCUGCUGGAAUUGGUUAUGGACAUCCAGAGACCAUGAUGUCACCAUUUAAUCCUAGUCAAGUUGGUGCACACUCAUCAACCAUGUAUAUGCAUUCACCUCAGUAUCCCAUUCAGCACCCUGGAAUGCCUUUUAUCCAUCAUGAACAUAUUCACCAACCCUUUGCACAGUCUCAUCAGCCACCACCUGAUGCAAGUUUUGGUUUGGCCCGGCCCCGUUGAGGGGCAUGGGCCAUGCCUGCACCCAAUCAGCCAGAGCUAUAUAAUGUAUAAGAUGGUGGCCUGCUGCAGCUACAAUUUUAUUUCAGCUGAUUGGAGUGCAGGCACAUAGGCCGAGUUUGGCUGGAAUGGAUUUGUGUAUUUCUUAUAAUAUCAACUCAACAAUGAUCCAUUCCUCUCAUCUCGGUUUUCCAAGGAUGCUUUUGCAUCUUCCUCGAGUCCAUGACUAUGUCUCGCUUGUGGGCAUUGGAAAUUUUGUGAGGAGCUUUUGGAGGACACGCACUGUUGCUCAUGAAGAAGAGUGAAUCGAGGACUUCUGCAGUACCAUGGAAGUUUGUGCUUGACUUGGGUAAAGUUCAUCAAAUUCAUUUCCUUGAGGUUGGGUAUAUGAAUAUAGUGGAAUUGUCAAAGGAACACUUCAAUGUUUCAUCGCUUCCCGAAGAGCUAAAGGGAUUUAAAAUCUUGUUCGGUGGUCAUUUGCCUUCAGAUUGCAGGAACUUUUGCGCUGAAGAUUAAACUUGAGUUUUCUAUUUGCUAUAUACUCUGCAGUCUUGCAAAUUAUCCGUAACCUCGUAUAAUACAUGGGUAACUUCUGUGGAUAUGAAUUUGUAUAUUUAACUUUAGUGUUUUUUUUGUAUGAAUUGUUUUACCUACAUUUUUUUACCUUCAUGUCUUUUUAUAAAGAAAAUAUCAAUGCUGCAUGCAUGGAGAUUUUUAGUCAAGUGUGUGCUGUGUGUGUAUGGUUGACCUUGAGUUUGAAUCUCUUUUACCGCCAUUUUAAGAACCUUCAACUUCUAGUUUUUGGUUUCCAAAAACUAGACGUGUGUGCCUUUAUUAUGUGGGGUGAACAACUUUGAUUUCUGACA